CUGGCUUCAACUUGCCUUCCGAUCCAUUCUCAUGUUCUCUGUUUAUUUAUUACAGCAGAAAAAAUCCAAGAUGACCUCAUCUCGUAGAAUGCACCUGAAGAGCUUACUGCUUUCACUUGCCAAAAGUGCAAUCGAGAAGGAGGAAGCAGAUCGGAUAACGGAGAAGGAGAGGUACAUGGGAGAACAUUGCGCACCAUUGCAGAUUUCCGGGGCUUCCAUGGCAGACUUACAGGAGAUAUGCAAAAAGCUUCAUGGCACUAUCGAUGUGGUUGAUGAGGAGAGAUAUGACAUGGAAAUCAAAGUUACUAAGACAGCCAAAGAGAUUGAUGACCUGAAUCUGAAAGUCUUUGACCUGAAGGGCAAGUUUAAGAGGCCACCCCUCAAGAGAGUGCGCAUGUCAGCCGACGCCAUGUUGCGUGCACUGCUGGGCUCCAAACACAAGGUGUCCAUGGAUCUGAGAGCCAACCUGAAGCAGGUGAAGAAAGAGGACACUGAGAAGGAGAAGGACCUGCGGGACGUCGGAGACUGGCGUAAGAAUAUUGAGGAGAAGGCUGGAAUGGAAGGCAGGAAGAAGAUGUUUGAGGGUGCUGAAUAAAAGAUCACUCCAUAAAACCUCA